AUGUCGAGAAACACUACACGAUCAAUUGCCAGCACCGGUAGCGAGUCGGUCGGGAGUAUUCGACAACGAUCCUUGCCCGCUCGCGGAGAGCGUCCGGCCUCGAAUCCUGCAUCUUACAGCGGAGAUAAUUCUGACACGGCCCUACCCUCAAUGGAAUUCCACCCUCCACCGACGAUGGCACAUCGCAGAACGGGAAGCACUUUGAAAACAGUCAUGCGCAAGAUCUUCAACCGGAAACGACAAAGCCAGACCGAUGGAUUGGAAGAGACCCCCUACGAGUCGACAUUUUCAACACUACCGGCCAGGAGGUCUGGGCCUACAGGUACUAGGAGACCAUUCUUGGCUGUUCCUCCUCCUUUGAACCUGAAUUCGAAUCGGAGUAGUCCACUAUCUGCAGAGAACCUCCAGCUCGCAGAGACCCAUCUCUCUCCGCUCUCUCCACUAUCUCCAGCCUCCUUGGGCGGGUCCUUACCGGGUGCUAUGCCGCCGCGCCGGCGACGUGCGACACUUCCUAGUAUUAUAUUUUCCGAUGAUGAAUCUCGGUUUGCUGUGGCUUCAGCAAUCUCUGACCCCCAUGAGGAUAGAGCUUUCGCGCCAGAUCAGCGAAGACAUAGUUUGCUCUCGGAUAGAAUAUCAAGGAGCGCAGAGGCCAUGCGCGAACUCGAGCAACCGCCGCCAGUCCCUGCUUGGUCACCUCCGCCGCCAGUCGAUGCUUGGCCACCGCGCACAACAUCCGCUCCAGGUUCAACCUCCCAGUCAAGAUCCCCACAGGGUGAAAGCUCCAACAGCGGUCAGUCUGCCAGACCAUCCACUGGCACUACCGUAACAAGUGUGACUCGAGACUCUGCUGCCCCUUCCCUAAUUAGCUCCGACCAACGCCCUGAGCCGGUUACUACACCGCCGAAUGUGGCCAGUUUCGUCAACACUAUGCAACAGGACGACAGCGUCACCCUAGACCAGCGCCUGACCACCCUGGAGGUGAAGAUGAUUGACCUAGAAUUCGCCAUUGCACGAAUGCAAACAUCUCCCACAGACAGCUCCAUGGACAAGGCCUCUCGUCCAAGACCUCUCCAACAUGCAGACUCAUUCCCACCCCAAACACACAAUAAAUCACCAAGGCUCCGACCUGCAACAGACAGCAGUGACUCCCCAAGUCCUCUCCCUAACAUCGAUUACCGCCCUUCGAGCACGAGCACAAUCCGCCAAGACACCUUGAACGCGCGGACGCUCCGCCCCGCCCCAUCAGCAACCUCCCUAUCGGACUACCAGGGUGUCUCAAUUGAGCAAUACAGCACACUGGUCACGCUACUCCGACGUGAGCAGACCGCCCGCAGGAACCUGGAAAGCCAAGUCACUGGUUUGAGAGACGAUAUCCGUCAUCUGCAGCGUGCAGCCCUCGAGUCUAUACAGGCAGGCACGAUGCAGCCAGCACAUACAAUGGAUUCAGAGGAGUUCAUCCGCUUCCGCCGCGCUCUCGAUGACUCGGGGACUUCUUCACCUCUACGCUCAGAUGAUAAACAGUCCACCAUCGACAGUGACCCUGACUGGGAUCGAUCGGAUAUCUACUCCCGCGAUGAUCCAUUCGGACAUCCCAAAUGGGAGCGUCAGCGGAUUGUGACAGCUCCCAUGAUUUGA